AUGUCGAUUUCCCUCCACACUCACACAAAGAAACCAUACACAUCAAAGCCAAAGGGCGCACAACCAAGAAGAUGUAACAGCCUUGAGGUAGAAGCCACGAGUAGGGAGCAGCCUUAUAUAUUAAACCCUAUUUUGUAUGGUAUAGUCGACCCCAACGAGGCUGAGUCAUAUCUACUGUGGGAGGCUGAGUCGUAUCUACUAUGGCACAGUCGACCCGAAGAGGCCCCCGGAAAUACCGCAUCUGGAAGGGGUUGA